GCUGCCAAAGGGGAAGUGAGCUGGGGCUGGAGAGAUGGCCCGGGUUUGGAGCCCGCGGCCGCCGCCGCCGCCGCCGCCACCACCGCCUGCACGUUUGGAGCAGCUGCGGCUGCAACCGGAGCGGGGGCCGGAGUCGCGGCUGGAGUGGAAGCGGCGCGUGUGAGUUGCCGAGAGUCGCCCUUGCCGGAACACCUCAAACUCUGGGCGGGAGCACUUGAGGUGGGCUGAGCCGCCGUAGCCCCUCCGCACCGCGCCACCCCGCUGGCCCUGACAGCAGGGGCCGAGGUCUCCCAAGUGAGGGACUGGCACUUGGCAGGCUGAGCACUCCAAGCCGGGCUCGAGGCCUUCCUCAGUCUCGGGCUUCCUUCAAACUCAGGGCGGAGGCUGGAGGACAGUGAUCACCCCCGACCCGCGCAUUUUCUUGGCGCCUAGGCUGUGUCGGGGUUGUAGCGGCUGCGAGCCCCCUCCCGCUGUCACCUCUCCAGCUAGAGAACGACUAGCGCGUUCCCACUGUCUAGCUCUGCACCUCCGCCUCUCCUCUCAUUCAAGAACAAGUUUCUUUUCGCUCUCUAUUGGAAGUCGUGCCCCGGAAGGCCAGAACACCCAUCUUUGAGUCCUUCCCCAGCUCCUGGAGCACAGUUAGAAAGAGCUACUUAUCGGGAGUUUGAGGUUGCUCCUCUAUCCACCUUCUUAUCUAAUUGAUACUCCAUGCCUAGACCCUUACCCAUUUUGAUCACCAGCUCCCUGGCCAUCUCUAUGUGACUUCCCCCACCCAUCUGAGUUCCACUUUCCUCUGGGCCCCAGUCUCCAGCCCCCAGCGGAUCUGGUCAGUCCCACCCCUGGGUGGGAGUGACCCAGGGCUCUGGCCCAGAUUCCCACCCUGGAAGGCAGCUCCAAGGCAGGGAGAGAAUUGGGCGUCGGGUACGAACCUGGCAGCUCAGGAGUGGGCGCUCCACUCACCCCACACAAGAAGAUGAAGAAGCGCAAAGAGCUCAAUGCAUUGAUCGGCUUGGCUGGAGACAGUCGGAGAAAGAAGCCCAAGAAAGGCUCAGGCCAUCGACUCCUUCGCACUGAGCCUCCUGACUCAGACUCUGAAUCCAGCUCUGAGGAGGAAGAGGAAUUCAGUUUAGUUGGAAAUCGCUCUCGUUUUGUCAAGGGAGACUAUUUACGAUGCUGCAAGAUCUGUUAUCCCCUCUGUGCUUUUGUCAUCCUUGCUGCCUGUGUUGUGGCCUGCGUUGGCUUGGUGUGGAUGCAAGUUGCCCUGAAGGAAGAUCUGGAUGCCCUCAAGGAAAAAUUUAGAACAAUGGAAUCUAAUCAGAAAAGCUCAUUCCAAGAAAUUCCCAAACUUAAUGAAGAACUACUCAGCAAACAAAAACAACUCGAGAAGAUUGAAUCUGGGGAGCUGGGAUUGAACAAAGUCUGGAUAAAUAUCACAGAGAUAAAUAAGCAGAUUUCUCUGUUGACUUCUGCAGUAAACCACCUCAAAGCCAAUGUUAAGUCCGCUGCGGACUUAAUUAGCCUGCCUGCCACUGUAGAGGGACUUCAGAAGAGCGUAGCUACCAUUGGCAAUACUUUAAACAGUGUCCAUCUCGCUGUGGAGGCAGUACAGAAAACUGUGGAUGAACAUAAGAAAACCAUGGACUUACUGAGGAGUGAUAUGAAUCAGCACUUCUUGAAAGAGACCAGUGGAGGCAACCAGAGCAGUCCAUCACCUUCAGCUACAUCAGAACUGGACAAUAAAACCCACAGUGAGAAUUUGAAACAGGAUAUCCUGUACCUUCACAACUCUUUAGAGGAGGUAAACAGUGCCCUAGUGGGGUACCACAGACAGAAUGAUCUUAAACUCAAGGGAUUGAAUGAGACAGUCAGGAACCUUACCCAGAGAGUCAACUUGAUAGAAACAGAUCUGGUUGCUAUGAGCAAGGUAGAAAAGCAAGCGAACCUGUCCCUCAGCGUGAUGGAUGAUAGAGCUGCCACUCUGAAAAGAGAGUCCUUGCAUCAAGGAAUCAACAGAACAUUAAAAGCCCAGAGCAUAGAGAAAGAAGAUAGUUCAGAUUCUCAAGUAUCCAAGCUCAGAGAGAAACUGCAGCUGAUCGGUGCUCUCACAAACAAACCUGAGAGCAACAGGCCUCCAAACACCACCGACAAAGAGCAAGUACAGAGUUUCACAUCAAAGCCAUCAGCAUGGUCAGAAUUUCCACAGUCUCCUGGAGCUCACAUUGAGAAAACUGCCCAGCUAAGACCUGUUGCCCUACCAGGAAUCUCUAGCAUCAAAGAUCUUCAGGAUUUAUUCCACAAGACUGGCCAGAACAUGGAUGGGAAGCUGACCUACCAGGACAUCUGGAACUCCUUGGGCUCUGCUGUGCCAGGACUAGAUACUUUGAAGGAGUUUGAUUCUGAUGGUGAUGGAAGAUAUUCAUUCCUGGAGCUAAGGGUAGCUUUAGGUGUCUAGUCUCAUCAGGCUUUUUUAGAUAUACACCCAGGACUACCUAAUAUCUACUCACCUAACAAGAACAACUGUUUUACUUACCCAUCAAUCCUCCAAUCCUCCAAACUACUGUAGCAGACACAUUGCCACCUUUUAACUUGUUUGAAAAAGCUAUAAAAAGUUAUUUUUUUUUUAAAAAAAAAGAAGGCCGUUUUACUUAUGUGAUACUCAGAAAUCCCUCAUUUCCUAAAACUGAUUAAGAUCUUAAUUUCAAACUUGCCAGAGAAAAGUCAAGCCCUCUUUUUUUUCCUCUUUCCUUUUUUUUUUUUUUAGGGAAGGAGACCUUAUCUUUUAAAACGGGAAAAUGUAUAUAUAGAGAGAAUAAGCCACCUUUUAUAUUUCACAUAAAUUUGCCUUAAAUUAGCUGCACUUUAUACAGGCUCAGAAAAUGUCUUUCCUUUAAAAGGUAGACCUUUUCUGUUUGUAAAUAUUUAAAAUGAAAAAGAAUUGUGCAUAUUUUAUGGGAAGUAGGAAGAAUGGUUUGAAACAGGAUGUAAACAAAUGACUUGUUAUUAACCACUGAAACUAUGUCCCUGUCUCCUUACGGUGCUGCCGCGGGGUUUGGCCCGGAAGCUGAGGAGUAGAUUGGGGAGGUGACACCGUAGGACAGUGCUGCCCCCAGGGUCAGGAAAAUAAUAUUCUGGGUCUUUGUUCCUGUCCCCUCAGCUAAUCCCAGCCUCUGAACCAGAGAAGUCUUGUUGGGGUUCUUUUUCUCACUUUGAAUCCUGUUAUCCAGUGGGGAGCUACGUUUUCCCCACUGAGUGAGCUAGAUUAUCUUCACUCACCCACCUAAGUCCAUCCUCAAGCUAGAGCUGACCGCCACCUCUGACGCGGUCUCCAUUCUGAGGGGCAGGGCAGCACUCUUCCGCUCACUGUCACAGCCUGGCUACCCAGGAGGAGCUUUAGAGGAUAGCUUUGCUCCUCAUUUUGACCCAGGAAGGUCCUUGAGAUUUUACCUGGAGGCUUACUAAGAAGAACCUCAUGUUCCUCUGUGGCCUGAGGCCAAAGAAGCCUACUGCAGCACAUGAAAUCCUGUUUCCCUUAACAGUUGUCAGCUCAGAAGUAGCUAGAGGGGCUCUGUCCAGAGGAUGCCGAACCAUGUGGAGCAGGCCUGUACCGGGGGCUUCAUGUGGUGGUAGCAAGUUUCUUCGGAUCUCAUAACAAGCAAGUGCAAUACUUCUCCCAUUGAAUACUUCUGUAGGCCCCCAGAAAAGUGGGAAAGGUCCCCAGACCGGAAGGAAUUACACCUGUGUGUGUGCUGUGCUAUAUGAAGAGGCAGGCUUUGGACAACACAAAAGGAGAAACUUUGUGAAACUUAAGUGGUGCCGUAGGCCACAUCAGGGAGAAACUGGAGCUUUCACGGCAUAGACUUCUUUAGUAGAGCUCAUUUCUAUUUUAACUUUAUCCAAGUUGCCCUGUUACCCAUGGAUGCAGUCGGGCAUUUUAGGGCUGGGUUUUUUCCUUAUAUGAUGUUCAGUUUAACCUUGAUUUUUUUUCUAAAAAUAUUAAAAUUUAGUUAAAGCAGGAUGAAGUCUUUUCCCGUGAAUGUGUCUGCUUACCUCACAAUGGCUUGUGCUUCUCUCUUUUGGAAAAAACAAAAAAAACAAACACAAAAAAACCUUUCCCUUGCCCAUCUGAGCUAUUUCACUUUCUUGGGAAGGUUAAAAUAUAGUAUAAAACUAGCCUGGCACUUUAGGUACCUUGAAGAUAACUCUUUUUCUUCUGGCUGCCUUCCAUGCCCACCCCCUUUUUAAAUAUAUAUACCCUUACAGAUUUUGUAACAACCAAAUAAAAUUCUAGCAAUAAAUUGAAUUAUACUGCUAUAUUUGUAUAUACUGUACCAUAAAUAGUAUGUCUGUACCUGGAAGGUAUUUUUUUGAGAACUGAUUUAUAUGAAAUACACUUGAGGGUAAUGUAGCUUGUCCUUUUUAGUUUUAAAUUCUUAUUCAUAGGCAGAUACGUUUGAGGGCACUUUAACUCUUUGUUGCCUAUACUUUUCUUUAGUAGCAGAUAGCUAUACCUGGAGAAGUCAGUUUUGUUUUCCAGUUGGUCACCCGUCCCUCCCACCCCCAGCUUGUCUGGCUAGCUAGCACUGUCCCGGAGCCAGCAGUAUGUGCGUCUUCCCUGCCACAUCGGUGGAAGGGUUUCUGCUUCACCCUCAGACUGAAUCCCUUUACUGUAACUGCUGCCCUGUCUCUUGGGCUGACCCAGGGCUUGUUGAGCUCUUUUGUUCCAAGUUGGUCAGAUUCACUGGCUUAAGAGUUUUAUAAGCCACUCACUCAGUGUUAAUUUGGGAGUUUCAUUUGUAAGUUGUCCUAACUUCUCCAGCCUGGGACUUCUGAGCUGUAGUCAAGCCACAUCUGCCUCAUCUCAGGGGAAGAUUGGGUUUUGGUUUCUGUUUCAGAUACUUUUAACUUUUUACUCUGGCAGCUCCUACUGCUGCUGCUUUCCUAAGUUACCCAAAGCACUGCUUCUUGGCCCUUUUUUUCUUUUGCCUUACUAUCUGGGAUAAUGUUUACUUAGCCUCCCUAUAAAUCAGAGGACCAAAAAGGUAUUCUAGGAAGAGAAGAAUCAAAGGAGUAGAGAACCUGGCUUAGGGAUGACUGUAGUGUCAUCCAUCCUAAGGGCAGAGAGGGACUUGGCACUUAGAAACGUGUCUGAUACAGCAAAGCUAAAGGGGACACCCUUCACCUGCCACCGACUACUUUUCCUUCCAUUGGUGUUUCCUCACGUUACGUUGCUUUGCUGGGCGUACCUGUUGUCCCUCACUUCCACCACUGGUCUUGCUCGUCACAGUUGAAGACUUUGACUGUGAUGGGCUCAUACUCCUAAUGGCCUGCUGUUGAGUUGUUUUAAGUGACAGCUUUUGUUUGCUACACACCUCAUUGGCUUACGAACACCAGCUAGAUGUGGUUCCUUCUUUCAUAUCCAAACCAGAACACAUUUGGGUAUUCCUGAGACUUUUAUUAUAGAGUGUGUAUUGUUUGUUAUACGAACCUAACCUACCUUGUUGUUUUCUCAUAUUAAGAAAUGUAAAUCUACUUUGCUUUAGUGGAGCUAUUUUGGUACUGUAUAAGCAAUUUUGGUUCUAUGUAGGGAGUGAAUUCAAGGUCUCUGACUUAAGCUUUGCUUAUUUCAUAUCAGUAAUACAGCUAUUUUAAUUUAUCUAAAUAAAACAUUUCCUUUUUC